AUGGCUGGAUUUGGUUGGAAUUGGAGGCAUGGUACUCAUGGGUCUAAAAGGCCAUUACCUCCUUCACACAUCGCUUGUCGAAUAUGUGACCAUGUAUUUAUGAGUACACAAGCUCUCAUAGACCAUAUUGAAUCUCACAUGGUAGAGGAUGACACUGCCUCGAGAAGGCAGAAUGGUCCAAACCCCUUUUCCUCCUCCCGUACAGAUCCUUUUUCCAACCCAUUCAGUUUUAGCCUUUCAACUCCUACUCGUUUCUCACAAACUGGGCCACUCGGCCGAAAUCGCUAUAAUUUUCUUUCUUUGACGGAGAGAAACCCUAUCUUCGGUGCCAGUACCCCACAAAAUCUCGUUCCAGCACAACCAAUCACUCCACAAGCACAUCCAUGGUUGGCUAGGAACAACAAGUACUCAAAUAUGCGGUCACAACAUGUACCUUUAACCUUUCCAACACAGCCCAAGGUGAUAGAAGAGCCUCCAAAUAUUGACUGCACCAGGCCUUUUCUUCAACAAUUGGAGAGACCCUUCUCAUAUUCCAAACUCGGGUUCCAAGAAAGCAAUGGUAAACAUAAGAAUAGAUCAGAUUUGGGAACGCUGGAUUUGUCUUUGAAGUUGUAG